GCAAAUAUAAAAAUGAAAAAUCAAGCUACAGAUUGUGAGAAAAUAUUGUAAAAUUUAUAUUUGACAAAGUACUAGUGUCUAUAUUAUGUUCUAUAUAUGUACUAUAUUCUUUAGAACUCUUACAAUUCAGUAAGGCAAAUACCAUAUUUUUUUUACGAGGGCAAAAGAUUUAAACAUUCUUCAUCAAAAUAGGUAUUCAAAAACCAAAUAACCACAUGAAAAUAUAUGGUUAAUCUUAUUAGUCUUUAGGAAAAUAUCAUUUUAAAUGAAAUAAUACAAAAAAAUAAAUUAAAUAAUACUAUGUACUUACUUUAAUGGAAAAAAAGCAAAAAAGGAUAAUACCAAACUGCUGGUCAGGAUGUACAGCAAAUGGCAAUCUUAUACAUUGCUGGUGAGAAUGCAAAGUGACACAGUCACUUAGGUAAACCGUUUAGCAGUUUGCUUUAAAGUCACAUACCUACAUAUAGCCCAGUCAUUCUACUCCUAGCUGUUUAUUCAAGAGAAAUGAAAGCGUAUGUCCACACAGAGAUUUUUGAAAGCAGGUUUAUUGAUAUAUAAUUUCCAAAAAAUAAAAUUCAUCAGUUAUAAUGUACAAUUUGAAGGAUAUUAUUGACACAUGUUAUAGCAGCUUAUUCAUAUUAUCCUAAACUGAAAACAACCUAAAUAUCCAUAAACACAUUAUAAUACAUCCGUAUACAAUGGAACAGUACUUAACAAUAAAAAAGAAUUAACUCGAAGUGCUGCUGGUUCUGAGGGUGGAGCAUUUUAAAGGUCAUCUGCACCUUUGGACUGGGAAAAGAUGGUCAAUGUCUUGAAAGGAGUGCUAAUAGAAUGUGACCCUGCCAUGAAGCAGUUCCUGCUGUACUUGGAUGAAUUAAAUGCCUUAGGGAAGAAGUUCAUCAUUCAAGAUAUUGAUGACACUCAUGUCUUUGUUAUUGCAGAGUUGGUUAACGUCCUCCAGGAGCGAGUAGGUGAAUUAAUGGACCAAAAUGCUUUUUUCUUACCCAGAAAUGAAGAUACUCCAUAUUGACCACUUAGGAAUUACAAGUAACAAAUGUAAAAAACAUCAGAAUGAAUUUCGGCUUCUGGUGGAUCAGGCCAAAAAAGGAUACAAGAAAACUGUUGAAAUGUCAAAAAAAAAAGUAACAAAAGAAGAAGAUGGAUCUACAGAAAAGCUAUUACCU